CCUGUAUGCGCGGCGUGUUGUAGCGGAAGCACAUCGGUGGAUGAAGUCCUAACGUUUCCACGAUGAAAUGUUUUGAAUAAAAGACUGUAAUAAUUAUACCGAUUUCGCCUAGAUUUGGUAAACUACCAUGGCACACACGUGAAACUGAGCUCAUUGGCAAGAUAUUUCAAGUUAUUUGAUGGCGUUUCCCCUGCCCAAGCCCCAGGCCCCCCAGCUUCCCCAGCAUCUGCUCAGGACCAUCGACUGUCAGCAAGGGGCUGUCAGGGCUGUUCGCUUCAACGCUGAUGGGAACUACCUGCUGUCCUGUGGCAGUGACAAAUCUCUGAAGCUGUGGAGUGCGAGCCGAGGGACCCCGCUGAAGACGUACAGCGGUCAUGGAUACGAGGUCCUGGACGCCGAUGGUUCCUAUGACAACAGCCAGAUUUGCUCCUGUAGCUCCGACAAGACGGUGAUCCUGUGGGACGUCGCCACGGGACAGGUUUCACGAAAACUCAGAGGUCACGCCGGGAAAGUCAACUGUGUCCAGUUCAAUGAGGAGGCAACUGUGAUCUUGUCUGGGUCCAUAGACGGGACAGUGCGGUGCUGGGACACCAGAUCCCGCAGGUUUGAGCCUAUCCAGGUUCUGGACGAGGCCCGGGACAGCAUCAGCAGCGUGAAGGUGGCGCAACAUGAGCUGCUUACCGGGUCGGUGGACGGCAGACUGAGGCGCUAUGACCUGAGGAUGGGACAGCUGUAUGUGGACUUCAUCAACAGCCCCAUCACUUGUGUGUGUUUCAGUCAGGACGGCCAGUGCACCCUGACCUCCACCCUGGACUCCACAGUCAGACUGCUGGACAAGAGCACAGGGGAGAUGCUGGGAGAGUACACAGGGCACAAGAUGAAGGGCUACAAACUGGACUGCUGCCUCUCUGGUAAAGACACCCACGUUCUGAGCUGCUCAGAGGACGGACACGUCUACUGCUGGGACCUGGUGGAGGGCUCUUUGUCACUGAAGCUUCCAGUGGGGAAAGCCGUGGUCCAGUCACUGUCCUUCCAUCCCACAGAGACCCGCCUCCUGACGGCCAUGGAGGGGCGGGUCCAGGUAUGGGGGGCGGAGCCUGAGGAAACGGAGGAAGCGAUGGCUACAUAGCAGAAGUCAAAGCACUCAGUGGACUCUGUUCUCAACUCAAGUAACGUGGAUUUGUGUCGAUGCAUGUAGAGAUCAUAACUCGGCCAAAUUUAUUCUUUGAUAGUGAGAAACCUGGUGAAGAUGUCUGGCUUUCUCUUAUUUUUAACAAGUUUACUGUGGCGUAAAAACAUCUGACUUAGAUUUUGUUGGCUGUAAACCCAGAUUAUUCAUGACAUAGUACAGGGUAUCAGAUUCAUAUAAACAGCUUAAUUGACCUUAAUUGGUGCAUAAAAAUGAAGCCACAGUAAACAACCAAACUGGAAACUCCUGAAGUUUCUUUGUAGUCGGAAGUGAGCGAGCGAUGUCAAUACACAGACGCCAUCCGGGAGCAUUCACGCACAGCUAUGUCACUGCCUGUGCUGCCAGUGUGUCUUUAUGGCUGGUAGUUUUACAAAGAUAUUAGUUCUAGUUCACAUUUUCGACAUUUGAGAGGCAAAUACUGACAGCGCAGGUUGACAUGACCAACAGAAAUACAAAAAACGAUGUUUAAGUUUGGUUCAGAGAUCGGCAGGCCAAUCUAAAGGCACAUUUAGGCGUGUGUGUGUGUGUGCAUGCAUAUGAGCACUGUUUUAUUAGACUUACAUUUUUGUACCAAACUUUGAAUAAACCUUUUCUUAUGCAAAUUGAA